AUGUCUUCCACCGAUCUGAUUGAUUUUGGCACUGAGGAUCAAAAAUACGAGGAGGAGGUCGAGGCCCAAGAGUCUGAAGAAGCCCAGGAAGUAGUGGCUGAAGAAGUCCCUGAGGAGCCCAAGGAAGAAAGCGAAGGAAUCAAAGCGCUGAAAAAGGGUGCUGGUGCUCUGGGUGGACUUUUCAAGAAGGGCUGGGGCGCCGUAAAGAGCGGAGCCUCGAAGGCCAACGAAAAGUUCAAGGAGACUGAGUUUGGCAAGAGAACUGUUGCUGAAAUGGACAAAUUCAAGCAGACAGAGUUUGCUCAGAAGGUCGCUGAGGGAGCCAAGAAGACCAGCGCUGCUGUUAAGGAAGGAGCUAAGAAGACUGGCGCUGCGAUGAAGGAGGGAGCCCAGAAGGUGAAGGAAUCCGAGUUUGGCCAGAAGGUCGCUGAGGGAGCCAAGAAGACUGGCGCUGCGAUGAAGGAAGGAGCCAAGAAGACUGGCGCUGCGAUGAAGGAGGGAGCCCAGAAGGCGAAGGUGAACAUGGAGAAGCUUGGCCGCGACAUCAAGGCUUCUAUGGAUACACAAGCGCAGGGCAGUUAUUCGCAAUCUCUGGAAGAGCCGUAAAUGUACAAUU